CAUAGGUUAUAAUAUCCGUCAGUCUCUCGCUGAGCGUCUCUCGCAAGACCUCGUCGUUGUUGUGGUCGUCGUGGUCGUCGAGGUCGUGGACGUGGUAGUCGGUGGAUGAACGGUGCCGACGCGCAGUGAUCAUCCGCUCGCCAUGACUUGAGGACGGCGCUCGGCACAGACGACCGCCGAAACGACGCCAGGUUGGAGGCAGCCCCGACGAAGCCGACAGAGCAGGCCCGAGAAUGCAGCAGCACGCGAGGACGACGCCGAGGAUCUCCUGGAGCGAAAUUCAUUCUUCUUCCCGUGCCUGGAACAGACACUGACGAUAUGGACACAGUAUGGCUUCGGCACUCUGGCACGCCUCUGGGAGUAGUUUCGCCGCUUCGCGCGCCUUCGUCUGCUUCCUGCUGCUGCUGCUGCCGCGUGCCACUACAGAGUGCGACCAGAGGUUCAUAAGCAUCCCGGACGGGCCGCAGAACGGCACGUUUCACGCGCCGAGUCUGAGCAAUCCAGACGGCGAGUCGCGCCAGUGCGUCUACACGUUCUUCGCCGGGCCGCACCAACGCGUCGAGUUGCUGUUCACCAGCUUCGGCCUCCGUGGCACGCCACCAGAUGGAUCAGCCGUCGGUGAACUACCAGCCUGCGUCCACGAGUUCUUGGACAUCUAUUCGGAGAUCCGCACGGACAACGCGACCAAGCUGAUAGACACACCGUUCGGAGGGAGAUACUGCGGUCCGAUUUCACCUCGCAAGAGGGUCUCCCUUUACCAAGGGAUUGCUCUCAGCUUUUAUACCGACAAAAAUGUCACGGUGCCAAGCCUCUUCUCGGGCCGUUACGCCUUUAUCAAUGCCUCGGAGUACGAGAUCGGGACGCCGGCACCGACAUUGCCGUGCUCGUUUACGGUGCAUUCGGACGUGAAGCGCACCGGCAACAUUAUUUCACCAACCUAUCCGGGUGCUUAUCCCAAGGACCUUGUAUGCAGCUACCAGUUUAUCGGCACACCCAGGCAAAGGGUGCGACUGGAGUUUCGCGACUUUGAUCUCUUUUUUGGCGGCCCACACUGUCCAUUCGAUUACGUAAAAGUGUACGACGGCAUAAACGACACGGCACCAGUGAUCGGCACGUAUUGUGGUCAGCAAAGAAAUCUGGUGCUGUACUCGUCCGAGUCGAAUCUGUUCGUGCUGUUCGUGACGCUCCAGCGAACCGCGAACACGCAGAACCGUGGCUUCAAGGGCAUCUUCGAAUUCUCCGAGAGUUUCGUCAAGUUAGACUUCAUAACGAAUUAUGGAGGCGAGCACAUACGAGGCACCGAGUGCGAUCAGAAGAUACUCAGCAAGAAGGAGUCGUCGGGUAAUGUGGUCAGCCCGAAUUUCCCGUACCCUUACAUACCGAAAGUGGUGUGUCGAUACUUCAUCUACGGGAUGCAGGACUCACAACACCUCGAGCGCGUUAAGCUCAAGUUUUCGACUUUGGUCAUACCCAAAGGCGAGGCUAAGGGAGAAUCCAGUUGCACGGACGGCUACCUGAAGAUAUAUCUGAAGGGCCAAGAGGCGACGGACUCUUACGACAAAUUCGAUCACGAGCUGUGCGGCAAGGACAUUCAUCCGGGUCACGUGGUUAGCGACGGCCCGAGGCUUGUCAUGGUGUUCAGCAGUGGCGAGCAGCAGGGACGUGGCUUCAAGGCAGAGUACGUGUUCGAAACGGAGUACAGGAUACCGGGUACGGCGGCGCCGGACGGCAGCUGCACCUUCAGCUACCGCAGCUCCUCGCGCAAACGCGGCGAGUUCAACUCGCCGCGCUAUCCGAGCAAUUACCCGAGCGACACCAAUUGCACUUACUUGUUUCUCGCGACGCCCAACGAGCAGGUGACCAUCAUCUUCGACCACUUCAAAAUCCGAACGAAAAACUUCAACAUCACCGGCGGCCAUUACGGCGUGGAGUACUGCCAAGAGGACUGGGUGGAGGUGUACAAUAUGUAUCGCGACGACACGGAGAAGAUGAUUGGCCGGUACUGCGGCAUGACGGCGCCGGGCCCAGUGGAGUCGACCCUCGGCGCGCUGGGCGUCAAGGUCAUCUUGCACACCGACUCGGACCUCGUGUACAGCGGCUUCAAGGCCCGCUACAUCUUCGAGAACGCCAAGUCGGUAUUCGGCGAUUGCGGCACCAACAUCAGCAGCCUUCACUACGGCGUCAUCACCAGUCCCAACUUUCCCAACAAGUACGAGGCGCCCACACGCGGCGUCGCCAGCAAGACCUGCAAUUGGUUCAUCAACGUCAGACCCAGCCAUCAAAUCCUCGUCAAUUUCGAGCUGUUCUCCGUGGAGGGCGAGCAAGCUGCCCGCGGAUGCCCGGCGGCCGUGUUGCGCAUGUGGAUCUCGCCGCACAGCACGCCAGUGGAAAUGUGCGGGGUGAAGGAACCCGAAGACAAGUGGAGUCAUAUCUCCGAUAAUCACUUCAUGCGAUUAAGUUUCCUAUCGGCCGACAAGGCGGUGGGCCAGCAAGGCUUCCGUGCCAUUUGGACGGAGGUGAAGCAGGACGCCGAGUGCCGGGGUGGCUUUCUGUGCGAGCGCAGCGGUUACUGCAUCGACGAAUCGCUCAAGUGCAACAACGUCGACAACUGCGGCCCCGAGGACACAUCCGACGAAGAUCACUGUGUAGCCCCGGACACCUCGGCCCGCUGGCUGGCGGGCGGACACACUGCCGUGCUUCCUCUCUCUCUGUGCUUUGUGUUCGUGACCAUCUGAGCCGAUGAUCGAAGAUCCGGCAUGCCUCUGUGAACAAAUAUCUUCCCCCUCUUCUUACAAAAAUAACCAUCUCACGUGAGUCUUAUCCUAUCGCACAACAAGCUUUCGAACUGCUAUCAACACACACACGCACAUAUGCGCACACACACCUCCACACUUUCUCUCUUUCUCUGUUUCUCUGCCUAUCCUCUGUUAUGUGUUCGCCGCCGCAAAACAAACGCACUGCUUAUUUGCAGGUUUUAUGCGCUCUUUGGGCCUGGCUCUGUGUUUUUACUUUUCUUUUUUUCGUACGGCGCCAAUAAAACCCGUCGACAAAUGUUGACUUGCUUUUAAAGGGCCAGCAUGUCAAACAGUUUGUGCUCGAACCGCGGGCAAACACCGACUUUUGUGUGUGUGUGUGUAUGCGUGUUUGUGUGUAUGCGUGGGUAUGUAUGUGCUGCUUUUUUCGCCUUCAAAAUUUCUCAGUGGCGAUCAAUAGGCAUCUCCAAUUGUCUUGAUUCUUUUUCCUUUGUUUUUUUUUUUUUAUCUUGCAAAUAAAUAUGGUUUUCGAGGUGCAUGUGCCCAUGCGCUAACGUUUUCUUUGCGCGUUUAUGACUACUUAAGGUUUUUGAAAAGAAAAUAAAUUUGAAUUUAGAAUUAGGACCAAAGAGGGAUUUACAAAGACACUUUGAGAUUGUUAAUGACCAAACGUGCGGUCCUCUCUUAACCGACUACCUCUUUAGAAUUAAGACGAAACAAAAGAUCCGAUUAUCCGUGUCAAAAUUCGCGUUUGUCGAUAAAACAAAAGUUUAUUUUUAAUAUGUUUGAAUAACGAUCGUGGGCUGUCAAUGUUGACUUUUCAAUAAAAAAAAAUUUGAGAUGAUAGCAAGCGAAUCAAGUUGUUCUUUUUCGAAGUUCAAAUAUAUCGUAUUGAAAGCCGCUAUAUUUUUAUAUUCUUUUUUUUAUCAUGUACAAAUUUUAUGCGUUUGCUGUACUCGAUAUUAUUAUUUCGCUAAGGAAGAAACAUUAGAAGUAUGCUCGAAAGUUAACGCGCGCGCGCGCACACACACGCGCACACCCACACCCACACACACACGCGCACGCACGCACACAUUUUUAUUCUCAGUCUGCAUGCCAAAUGCGAAUGCCAAACCAAUAUUUAGGUCUUCAACUUGCUACAUUACUCUGUAAAAGCCUAUAUUUUAUGAAAAUUGCAUGCUUUCGUUCUCUUGUUUUUCUCUUCUCAAUACUCUAUACGACAUAGUGAUACAUAUGAAUUAAUGAUACGUUUUAAUGACUGAAAAUGACAUGUAUCUUGCUCUCAUAUUCACGAUACAGAUAUAUAGGCGCUUGUUCGUUGAGAUAUGAGCAGAAAGUGCGAUGAAAAAUCUGACUUUUAUCUGAUUUUCAUUUCCGAUACUUCCAUCAGAUUUGAUUUAUUUGAAACUACAGUGAUUAUUCAAAAAUGCCAAAUAUUUCAAGGAUUUCCUAAUGCUAAUUUGCUACGUAUUAGUUUUUAUUUUUGAUAGCUUAUAUUCAGUAAAAGUUUUAUUUUUGUGGAUCGUUUUGCUGCCGAAUUUUGAAAAAGAUUAAUAGGUAAAAAGAUGUUUAAAUCUAAAUAUACAUCGUUUUAAUAUUACAUCAAGUCAAGCGAUAACAAAAAUUUUUGAUUUCGACAUCUUUUUACGGGUAAAUAAGAGAGAAACAAUUGUGUCAUUCAGAACAAAAUAAAUAUUACGUUACACGGAUUCUGUCGCUUUUUUCACAACUCUGCGAAACACACCAAAGGGUGGAUUUCAAAGGAGUUAUAUUUUGAUUUUGAUUUUUAGAAAUGCGUUUGAUUGGUAUUACGAGCCGCUUUAUAAAACUUUUGAUUUAUGCGUCAAAAAACGAUUCCGAAAAAACUUGUUUUAUUGGAUCGGACAAUUAUACGCUAGAUAAAACCUUGAUUAACCUUAAGUAAUUACGAUUAAAGUUAGCACAACCGCGGUCAAAAUUGUACGAAUGUGGUUGAAAAAAAUGAAUAAAAAAAACGAAAAUUAUGUAAUACUCAUUGUGAUUGUAUCAGUAGCCAAAAAAUUCUGAAUAAAA